CUUGACGUGACGGUCCGGGCUGUGGAGCGGAGGGUCCGUAGUUAGCAGUAGCUCGCUGCAGAGUGACGGCGAUGAGUUGUGGAGACGAUAACCCUGCGGCCACACCCACUCCCUGUGAGGAUGUACAGGGUGAUGGACGAUGGAUGUCAAUGCAUAACCGCUUUGUCUCUGACAGCAAAGGGAAGGAACCGGAGGUUCUUUUUGUAGGAGACUCUCUCGUCCAGCUGCUGCACGAGUUCGAGGUGUGGAGAAAGCUGUUCUCUCCACUCCACACCCUGAAUUUUGGGAUUGGUGGUGAUGCGACUCAGCACGUCCUGUGGAGACUCAUCAAUGGAGAAGUGGAUCACAUCUGCCCCAAGGUGGUGGUGUUGUGGGUCGGGACGAACAAUCAUGGCCACACACCCGAGCAGAUCUGUGGAGGCAUCAUGGCCAUCAUUAAUGUGAUCAACCAGCGGCUGCCUCAAGCUCACAUACUUGUACUGGGUCUUCUGCCCCGGGGUAAGAGCCCCAACCCGCUGCGUGAUCGCAACGCGAGAGUGAACACUCUGGUCCAGGCGGAGUUGGCGCCUCUCUCUUUCGCCUCUUUCUUGGACGUGGAUCCUGGAUUCGUCCAGCCAGAUGGUUCCAUCUUGCACCAAGACCUGUACGACUAUUUACACCUCACACCGCAGGCUUACCAGAGAGUGUGUCGACCUCUACACGCGCGUGUUAAAGCUCUGCUAGAGGCACAUGCACCUUGAAUAUGCACAAAUACAUGCAAAUGAAAUCACUGUAGCUCCCUGACUACCAGGGAGUCUGCCUCAGUCUCUAUUAAAGGCUCAUGUACAACACAGCAAUAUAAAAGCAUAAUCACACACCAAUAUAGGUGCUCUAAAUAUUGUCUAAUACUGUCCAACACAUGAUAUUGGUAUUAAGUACUAUUGAACAUUAUUCAAAUCCACUCACUAUUUUAUUGGACCAUUCUAUGGUAUUCCAGUUGUUCAUCAAUGAGCUGUAAACAAUACAUACAUUACUGUGCAAAAGUCAGAGGCCACCUUUCAUUUAUUUAUGUUUUAGGGAAAAAGGACAUGAAGUACAAGCUGUUAAUUUUUUUAGGAGAUAUUUCUGAAUCGAUUAGGUAUAAGAUGGUCCAGAGUAGAAUAAAGUGAAAGUAAAAUAAGUGGGGGGAAAAAAACAGGACUUUCCAAAACUUGAGUUCAAAAAAACGGUAAAAUACAGAAAUAUCUGAUCCUAGCAACCACCUGGAACACUAGGUAGACCACCAUAACUGCCCCCCUCAGAUAAACAGCACAUAAAGCUUUCCUCUUUGAGAGAGAGAAAAUCAAGCUGCUUCCGAUCUGAAAACAUCCACAGGAGUUUCUGUCCAUCCUUCCACUGUGCGAAGACCACUCAGCGCUGUGGGUCUGAAAGGAUGUGUAGCUGAUCAAGAAGAACCUCACUGAGAAGAAGAACAUUCGCAAUGGUUUUAUAUCGAAAUUGCAGUUUUAAAAGUGCAAUUUUCGAAUCGCAAGAGAUGCAAGAAUUUUAUUAUAGUCUAAUUCUGGUCCGUUAUCAACAAUGUUGAUACAAUGCAAGUUUUAAAUAAAGGAAGUUCAGCCUAAUAACCUGGAGUUUGUGAACUGCUUUUAGAUGAAUUUGGUUAAUCAGAGGCGAACAAACAUCCAUGUGCUGUGACAUUACAACCAUAAAUAACUGGCAGACUGGUGUUAAGCAUUCAAGCCUGAAGCCAGAAAUGGUAUACCGUGGUCUUCAAAGGCAAAAACAGGCCCAUACGUCAGUUUAUAGAAAAAGUAUCGCAAUUUAAACCGUAAUCACGAUAUUGAUUAGAAAAAUCAUUAAGAUAUUCUACCAAAAUCGUUGAGCCCUAGUUUGGGAUUACUCGUUGUGCCAUGCACCUGUCCACCACUCCCCACCAUCCUCGGGGGGUGGUGGGGGUCCCACCUUCGCCAUCAUUGAGGCCUGGGGGAUGGUUGCAUGGCACACUUGUACACAAGAUCAUACCUUAUUAAGAUGUGGUCAAGACUUAGUAAGGCGUGGGAAUGAGAUCCUGCCUUAUUAAGCUGUGGUGAAGACUUGGUAAUGCGUGGGAAUGAGAUAAUUAAGUCGCGGCCAUGACUUAGUAAGGCAUGGGAACGAGAUCCUGCCUUAUUAAGCUGUGGUCAAGACUUUGGUGUGGGAACAAAAUCAAGCCUUAUUAAUCAAGUCUUGACCACAGCCUAUCCCAUUCCCAUGACUUACUAAGUCGUGGCCGCAGCUUAUUGAGGCAUGAUCCUGCUCCCACACCUUACUAAGUCGUGGCCACGACUUAAUUAUCUCAUUCCCACGCCCCCAGCAGGGCUCCAUCCUGACUAAAUUUUGGAGGUGAGUGAAAAUAUCCCCACAGAUUUCUUUGAAAACAGUAAAUAGUAAAAAUAUCCAUUUUAUUAAUUUUUUUUUGUGGUUAAAUUCAGUUUUUUUCCUGAAUAGCCUGUACUUUAUGGUCAUUGACGUUUGCGCAGUACUGUACAUCACAGCCUAAGUAAUCUUUACAUUUCAUAGAUUGAUGGUUUAAACUGCCAUGACCACAGCGGUCACCUUGCCCAUGUGGUACUGUCUCAUGUUUCUCACGUCAAAUGAUUUAUGUGGAAAAUACCUUUUAACGUAAAUAUGAAACGAAUGGAUUCUGGCCAAAUUCCAACAGCUGACGUGUUGUGGUUUAGCUGAGUGAGCUUCCAAAGAUGAAUAAUUACACCCUUCACUCUGAGCUACACCCGUGACCCUUGGGUUGGAGUUUAUGUGAAGGUUUGUGUACCCCUGAUCAAAUGACAUGUUGUUCAAGUGAGAGUAAGUGAGCACGUCCUCUACAGAGAACACACUUCUGCACGUUUUAGAUCACAAUCGCUGUUUAUUUGCUGGAUUUAACACAUUUAAAACAUAAUAUGGGCUUUUUUUUUUAUUUUAAAUUUGUUUUUUUACAGUACGUUGGCGAUAAAUACAAAUGGUGCACUAGCAUUUGCGGAGCCUGUUGCCUGUAAAGAAUGCUUUGCCCUGUUUUCACUUAGAAAAUCAAGAAAAUGUGAGUUCACGGGUGUUCGCACUUUUGCAUAUAGCAUAUGCAUGUAUAACGGAGACUAAGAGAAGCUGGCCUGGGCGAUAUUUCAGGGUCACUUGUAGUGGCGCUUAUGUGAAUGGAUAUAAACGUGUUUUUUUUUCUAUUGUUUUUUUUUGUAAUAUAUCUGUUUAUGUAUUAUACAUGCAAAACAUAAGGAACGCAUUAGUUAGUUCUGUGUAUGUCGAAAGCUGUAUAUAGCAGUGUGUGCAUUCCAGUGCAAUAUGGGGACCUGUCAACAACUGCAGUCUAGGAGAACAACAGCACUGUGUGUGUUCUUGCUCUGACACACCUGUUUUGGCUUUGGAAAAACCUGCUGGUCAGUUGAUAUUGUGGACCCAGUGUUUGGUGCAGAGAUAAAUACUAGCCCUUAAUGUUAUAGACAUAAUACAUUGCGAUUAUGCUACAUAGUGCGAUUGUGAAAUGGCUUGCAAUACAUUAAAAACGCAUUGGUGACAUGGUUAAAGAUUGGCCUGCCUGAGUGUGACCAGAACUAAUUUCCCUUUGGUGGAUCAUAUGAUUGUUCCCAGCACUCAAAGAAUAUCCACAAUUGGUCAGCACACAAUAAAGCAUUCCCUGAUUGGCUUUGCAUAGAGCAGCCUUCUAGGAGAUCAGUGCUGUAGUAUUGCAAUAACAGUUAAAAACCUAUGUCGUGCAGCUCUGCUGUUUCUUUGUAGAGUUCUACAGCAGUAUUUCUCCAGCUACAGUCUUGGACGCCCUACCUGUAGAUGUUUCCCCAGCACGUGAGUCACAUCUUAACUGCAAAUCGUUCAAGCCAAAUGAGAUUGAGCUUGUAAAACAGUUGUGUGCCUGUAAGACUGAAGUUGGGGAAAGGCUGGUCCACAGUUCGUGCUGAUACUGUUACCUUGAGACGCACUAUUAUACUGCAUGGGACCAAAUUGUCAAGAAUUCCAGAGAUGGGUAGCGUUCCAGUUAUAGGCCUGGAUAUUGCUUUGUUAUGGAGAUGUAAAGAUAAAGAUGUAACCUACAACUACAAUAUUCAAAUAUGUUGUAUUAAAAUGCUGGAUUAAAGUUGUGUAAGAAACCCACGGGGUGUCCUUU